UAAUCGACCCUUGACCUAGAUCAAAUUCAUUGUUCAGUUUAACAAUUUGUUUAAUAAUCAAAUAAAAACAAAUAAUUUACAUUACAGGAUAUUGUUAAUCAAAUCUAAUUUAUUCAGAAGAAAACUGAAAGAAAUUGUUAUCAAAUCUGAUAUAAUUGUUUAUUGGUGAAAACAUUUGUCCAUCAUCAUUCUGUGUGUGAAAAGCAUGGAACUAUCAACGACGAUGCGUACGGAUGAAACGAAUUCUUCUAAUAAGAAAUCUAAUAAAAAAUCGCUUACAAAUUCACGGAUUAGCAAAAUGCCAAUAUUUUUACGUGAAAUGUUGGCCGAAAUGGUUGGAACAUUUUUGCUUAUUUUGUUUGGUCAAGGAUCGAUUGCUACUUAUUUAUUGAAUCGUAAUUCAAAAAUUGGUAUCGAUCUUUUUUCCAUUGCAUUUACAUUCGGUAUUGGUGCUUUGGCAGGUAUAUCAGCUUCGAUGUCCAUUUCUGGUGGACAUUUAAAUCCAGCUGUAACAUUAGCAUUUGCCAUAAGCGGUAGAUUUCCAUUAUCAAAAGUUCCACAUUAUUUUUUCGGACAAUAUUUUGGUGCAUUAUUAUCAUCAAUGGUUAUAUUCGUAACAUAUUAUCAAAGUAUUAAAACAUAUGAUAAUAAUCAACGUAUUGCUUAUGCUGGUGAUUGGUUUGGUAAUAAUCAAACACGUAUGGCUGAAAUUGCUACCGGUGGUAUAUUUGCUACAUUUCCAGCACCAUGGAAUACUGUUGUAUCAUCAUUGGUAGAUCAAAUAGUUGCUACGUUUUUAUUGGUUUUCUCUGUACUGGCAGUUACGCAUAAACGAGCUAAAUUGCCGGAUUAUCUUUAUCCAUUCAUACUCGGUUUGGUUAUUUGUGGUGUAGUCGUUGCAUUUGGUUUGCAAUGUGGUGCAGCAUUAAAUCCAGCCAGAGAUUUAGCACCAAGAUUAUUUUUAUUAAUUAGUGGCUAUGGUUUCGAUUCUUUCAGACCCGUUGAUUCACUUUAUUGGCUAGUUGCUGGUAUUAUUGGUCCACAUAUUGGUGGUAUUCUUGCAGCUUGGUUAUUUGAUUUCUUACUUUGGGAUAACCCAUGAUGAAACCAAUAAUGAAAAUCGAAAUCAACAAAAAUGUUGAACCGAACCCAAACCCUUAUCAUUAAA